AUGGGAGAGUCGCCGGAGAAGAAAUCAGGCUGUGGCAUAUUGAGUGCUGUUUUUGGGAGAAAUAGUUUUUGGCCAAGAAGAACAACUUCUACAGGUUCUCUUCCUGUGGCCAAUAAUAACAAUGCCACAUUUGUCAAAACACCAAGCACUCCAAAUUCGAAACGGCGGCGUGGUGGCUCUGAUGAGACUUCCUUCCUUGAUUCAUCAACCAAUCCAUCAGAUGCUCCUCCAUCAAAACCUAUCACAAAGCCUUCCCAAUAUAGUAACAGGGCACCUCCUAUACAACAACAGCAACAGCAACAGCUGCAGCAAAAUAUUCAGGGUAGAAAUGGUAGGCCACCUCAAGAAGCAGCAGCACAAGCAGGUCCAAUGGUUUCCUCAUCAGCCCCAAGCAAAAUGGCCCCAAGCCAAGGUUAUGUGAACCAAGGAAAAAGGGUGCCAAAGGAGGCAGUUGGUAUAUCUGGUGAGCUUGAUAGCAUGAUUGCUGAUCAUCAAAAAUCAAAAGGGAGCAAUACACUUGUAAGGGCUUCCUCCAGCAAUGUCAUGCUUUUUGGCAAUUUGGGUAAUUUGAGACAACCUGGUGGAGGUGGAGGUGGUGGAAAUGCAAACUCAAAUAAUGUUCUUGAUUAUCUUCCAAAGACAGCAAGAGAAGAAAUCCCAAUGACGAGUAAUGUAAAUGUGGGAAAGAUGAGUGCUGCUAAAGAAGAGAAGAGACAGAGUGUCACAGAACCGCCUGCUUCCUUAUGCCGGGCAUUGUCGACUAGAAUGGACCCCGAAACUUUGAAGAUCAUGGGCAAUGAAGAUUACAAGAAUGGGAGGUUUGCAGAGGCUUUGGCUUUAUAUGAUGCUGCAAUUUCUAUUGACCCCAAUAAGGCUUCUUAUAGGAGCAACAAGAGUGCUGCAUUAACCGCUCUAGGUCAACUUCUUGAGGCAGUUUUCGAGUGCAGGGAAGCCAUUCGGAUUGAGCCCCAGUAUCACAGGGCUCAUCAUCGUCUGGCAACAUUAUAUUUUAGGUUAGGGGAAGCAGAUAAAGCUUUGUAUCACUACAAACAUUCUGGACCAGAGGCUGAUCAAGAGGACCUUGCUAAAGUAAAAUCUCUUCAGGCCCUUCUGAACAAGUGCACCGAGGCUCGUAGGUUAAGAGAUUGGAACACCCUCAUAAAGGCAUCUGAAAGCGUUAUAUUAGCUGGUGCAGAUUCAGCACCACAGAUAUAUGCUUUGCAAGCUGAGGCCUUACUGAAGCUCAAUAGGCACCAAGAAGCAGAUGAAGCACUAUCCAGGGGUCCAAAUUUUGAAGUAGAUGCCUGCUCUAAAUUUUUCGGUCCUAUUGGUAACGCGAACUUGUUAGCAAUACGGGCUCAGGUGGAUAUGGUUGCUGGCAGAUUGGAUGAUGCAUUGGAGGCAGCUCAACGAGCAUCCCGUCUUGACUCAAACAACAGGGAAGCAAACAUGGUGGCGAGGAAGGCUCGAGCUGUUACGGUAUCUAGAUCAAAAGGCAAUGAGCUUUUCAAGACAGCAAGAUUCUCAGAGGCAUGCGUUGCCUAUGGGGAGGGACUUGAGCACGACCCUUACAAUUCGGUGUUGUUAUGCAACCGUGGUGCUUGUCGGUCAAAACUUGGUCAAUUAGAUAAAGCAAUUGAGGACUGUACAGCUGCCCUUAAUGUGCGCCCAUCUUACAGUAAGGCUAGAUUAAGAAGAGCAGAUUGCAAUGCCAAGUUGGAAAAAUGGGAAGCUUCAAUACAAGACUACGAGAUUUUGCUUAAGGAAACACCCGGGGACGAGGAGGUAAGCCGGGCUUUGUCUGAGGCCCGGCAACAGCUCAAGAAACUGUGA